AUGAGCGAGCAAGCUGAGCCCCAGGUAUCGCAAAUUCUGCCUCUGGAGCUGGUCGACAAGUGCAUAGGAUCCAAGAUUCUGGUGCUGGUCAAGUCCAAGGUCGAGUUCACUGGCACUCUGGUCGGAUUCGACGAUUUCGUCAACAUGGUGCUGGAGGACGUGACCGAGGUCAACACAAAAACUGGCAAGGAGACCAAUCACAGCAAGCUGUUGUUGAGUGGAAAGAGCAUCUACAUGCUUGUCCCUGGAGGACUUUAA